AUGGCCACGUAUUCAAACCAUCGAUACCAGACCUCAUUUGCCAGGAGCCUUCUGUAUCCAUGGCUUCAUUUGCAGCGGUUUUACGGAACUCCUUCCUUAGUCACGCUACAAAGAACUCUCAAGACCGCUGAGCUACUCAGCACCUCGACCAUGUCCGCCAGCCCUAUGCAUCGAGUCACGCUCUUCAAGAUCGAGUCGCAGGCCGACCGACAAAGUCUCAUGGACCUGUACCGCACCCUACCGACCACGGCCGUCCGAAACGGGAAGCCGUACAUACUCUCCGCGGCGGUGGGACCCACUUUCGACGACACGCGGAAUCAAGGUUACACACUGGCGGCGUUCACCAUGUUUGCCACCGAGGAUGAUAUGAGAUUCUACGACGAAGGCUGUGCUGCGCACGCCGAAAUCAAGAAAUUGGCACGCUCGAUUCAUGGUGGAGGGGUGAUGACCGUGUACUUUCAGGAUGGACUGUAG